GGAGCGCGUGCGGCUUGGGAUUAACGACCCCAGAGUGUCCUGAUGGAGGAGUACAGCUCAGCACUGCUCUCACUCUGACUCCCGCCUGCUCCGCUACGGCAGCGCUGGGGAAGAAGGUGGCAUUGAGUGCGACCGGGUGUGUUUGUUCAGUGUUAGUGCGGUAAACGGAAAGCCCACGGUUUCGGUGUGUGUAACGUGCGCGCGCUUGGAGACCACCAGCUAUGGACGCACCGGCACGGAACGCAGCGCGCGGACCAAAGAGGAGCAGAAAAUCCGCCGAAUGCUCCGAUACGGCGGCAUGGACUCGUUUACCGAGCAGAAUAGGCACUUUUUACGCGAUCGCUAUCAUGUGCACGAAAGUGCUGUGUGUGCAGACCUCGUCUCUGCAGUUUUCCAAAGAGCCUAAGUCUCAGGAUGCUCUGCACGGCCGCAGUGCAAUGCUGCGCUGUGAGGUCAGCGAGGCUGCGGGUGUGAGUUACUCUUGGCUGCAGAACGGUCAGCCUGUGACGGACUCUGAGCGCCGCUUCCUAGAAGGCGGCAACCUCAAGUUCACCGCCGUGGACCGGCUCCUGGACACAGGCAACUUCCAGUGUGUGGCCACCAGUGUGGCCAGUGGAGAGGUGGCCACCUCCGCCAAUGCCUCCUUCAACAUCAAGUGGUUGGAAAGUGGGCCGGUCAUUCUGAAAGAACCCGCCUCCAAACAGGAGAUAGAUGAUGCUGAGCUGAUCAUCUUACAGUGCCAGAUUGAUGGACACCCAAGGCCAAACAGUAAGUGGUUCAAAGAUGGAGCAGCACUGUCCGUUAAAGAGAGAACCUUCACUGUGAAAAAUCCAGUCCCUGAAGACUCAGGCAUCUACAGCUGCUGCGCACGUAACGGAGCAGGACAAGUCUGCAGCAGCUCCAACUUCAGCCUCAGCAUUAUAGAUAAGACAAUUCCUCGGCUGAUUUUGGCUCCAGAGGAUCAGGUGGUGUUUAGGAAUGAAGAGGCUGUGUUUCAUUGUCAGUUCUCAGCCAAACCUCCACCUGUCAUAGAGUGGCUCCAUGAGGAUGAGCCAGUGGUCAACAAGACACGGGUGAUGGUGUAUAAUAACGGCACUCUGCGGAUCACUCAGGUGAAGAAUCGGAGCACAGGGCGGUACAGGUGUCUGGCUCGUUAUGGAGCUGAUAAGCAGGUGCAUGCAGAUGCUACUUUGCACAUUGCAGAGAUAGAAGAGAUGGGGGGCAGGCUAUCCAAGUUUUUCUCUCCUAACCGUGUGGAGAGGGUGACAUGUGAGCCGCCGCGGGGCCGUCCAUUGCCAGAGGUGUGGUGGGAGUCGGGAGGUGAGAGAGUGCCCUCUGAGGGACGAGUGCAUCAGCAGGGUCUGGACCUGAUCUUUAACCCCACUGAAGGUGGAGACUCGGGUGCAUACACCUGUGUGGCCCAAAACAAGGCAGGUCAGAGAAAGCAGGAAGUCACCGUGAUUGUGGCUGGUCCCCCAGAGUGGACCAAUAGGCCUCAGAACACUUCCAUGGAGGAGGGGCAGCCAGGGUACCUUCACUGCCACGUCCAAACCACGCCUUCAGCCCAUGUCACUUGGUACAGGAACCUGCAGGAGAUCAGUGAGGAGGACUUUCGAUUUAAGGUGUUUCCUAAUGGGACUCUGAGGAUAAACAGUGUGGAGGUGUAUGAUGGAGUGGUCUAUAGCUGCCAGUGCAAGACUGUGGGAGGUGUCCUGACUGGGCAGGCCAGGGUCUCCGUACUAGAGAAGCUGAAGUUCACCCCUACUCCCCAGUCUUCUCAGUGUCUGCAGCUUCACAAAAAAGCCAGUGUCCAGUGUUCUGCUAAGGGCCGAGAGACUCCCACUAUACGCUGGACCAAAGCAGAUGGCAGUGCUGUUCCCUCUCAUGUGAAUCAGGUGAAUGGGGCUUUGCACUUUGAUAAGGUGGUGCGGAGUGAUGCAGGGAAUUACACCUGUGUGGCCAAUAACAGCAUGCAGGGAGAAAUCAAAGCCUACGUCUCCCUCACUGUAGGAGUCUAUAUAGAGUUUAAGCUGGAACCAGAAUACACCACAGUAUACCAGGGCCACACAGCCAUGCUGCACUGCCAGGCUACAGGAGAACCCCAGCCCUACAUCCAGUGGAUGGUCAAAGACAAGGUCCUUCCUGUCAGCUCCGGCAGGUUCCAAAAGAUGCCCAAUGGUUCUCUAGUUAUCAGUGAUGUCACUACUGAUGACACAGGGAAGUACACAUGUAUUGCUGGCAACAGCUGCAGUAUCAGAGACAGUGUGGCACAACUCUAUGUUGUGGAGAGGCCAAAGCGCACCAACGAUGAAGACGAGGGGAAGACGCCAUACAAGAUGAUCCAGACCAUCGGCCUGUCUGUGGGGGCAGCCGUCGCUUACAUCAUCGCCGUGCUGGGCCUUAUGUUUUACUGCAAGCAGAGACGCAAUGCCAAAAGACUGCAGAAGGGACAGGACGGGGAGGAGCCGGAGAUGGAGUGCCUUAAUGGAGAGGCUGUGCAGCAGAACGGUCAAACUACGGCUGAGAUCCAGGAAGAAGUGGCCCUCACCAAUCUGGGGACCAUGGCAACCACUGAGAAACGGCACAGCAAUACUGACAAGCUCCACUUUCCCAGAGCAGACUUGCAAACCAUCACUACUCUGGGUAAAGGGGAGUUUGGGGAUGUGUUCUUGGCUAAAGCACGCGGGAUUGAGGAGGGGGAGGAGGAAACGGUGGUGCUGGUGAAGAGUCUGCAGAGCAGAGAUGAGCUCUCGCAGGCUGAGUUCAAGCGGCAAGUCGAAAUGUUCAGCAAGCUCAGCCAUCCCAACAUUGUCCGCCUGCUCGGCCUGUGCAGAGACACUGAACCACACUACAUCAUUCUGGAAUAUGUGGACCUGGGCGAUCUCAAGCAAUUCUUGAGAAUAUCAAAAAGCAAAGAUGAAAAACUCAAACCACAGCCCAUCAGCACCAAAACAAAAGUGUCCAUCUGUGCGCAGGUAGCUGCGGGGAUGGAGCACCUGUCUAACCAGCGCUUUGUGCACAAAGACCUGGCAGCACGGAACUGCCUAAUCAGCGGCCAGAGACAAGUCAAAGUGUCUGCACUCGGCCUGAGCAAGGACGUCUAUAACAGUGAGUAUUACCACUACAGGCAGAAAUGGAUCCCAUUGCGCUGGCUCCCCACUGAGUCUGUCGUUGAUGACGACUUUUCCACCAAAUCUGAUGUGUGGGCUUUCGGUGUGCUGAUGUGGGAAGUGUUCAGCCACGGAGAGCUGCCCUACUCAACACUCAGCCACGAGGAGGUGCUGGAAGGUCUUCAGGCUGGAACUCUGAAGCUUUCUGCUCCCGAGACCUGUCCUUCUAAAGUCUACAAACUGAUGACUCGCUGCUGGGCUCCCAGCCUUAAAGAGCGGCCAUCUUUCAGUGAGCUGGUCCAGGCCCUGGGGGACAUUCCUCUGGACAGCAAGGUGUGAGGAGCACAUGUGCGACUCAUUCCACCUGCACUGGUGGAGCUAAACCUGUCCAUUUCUGCUCUGAUACAAUCACAGACUCAGACUGGGUCCCACACAUUUCAGGGAGCAAGAGUGUGUGAGUAACGAAUGGAGAAGUUGAUAUCAGGGCAAUCUGUCGGUAUUGAUUUGUGUGUGUGUGUGUGUGUGUGUGUGUGUGCGAGUGUGAGUGUGAGGACCCUGAAGAGUUUUAUUUGCCUUAACCAUGGCAUGAAAGGACACCCUGUUGCCCCUUCGAUGGCCUGUUUACUUUUUUGAUCUUCGUUUUGCGUCUCUUCUACCCUGAGAUUCUUCCUCUUCUUCGUCUCUGGAGCCUCGGACACUUCUAGGAGCUACCUCUGCGAGGGGUACGACUUUUGACCUCAACUGUUCACCUCUGCCAGCGCAGGACAAUCCCAACACAUCAACAUCAGGGGCGAAAACCCUCCAGCUGGCCACAGGGCCACUGGCAAUGCUGGACUCAACGAUGUGCUAAUGCUUGGCUCAAGGACUUGAAGUUGCCGUGCAUAUUUGUUUUGUUUCAGGAUGUGUGUGUGUGUGUGUGUGUGUGUGUGUGUGUGUGUGUGUGUGCUUGUGAAGCUUUUUUUUUGUUUGUUCUUUUUAUUUAGAGUUGUGGAUCAGGUUUGCCAUGAAGGGUGAUGGCCUGUUAUUUAUGACUCUAAGCUCUGGAUUCUCUGAGGGUGGAAAGAUAAACAGAAACAGUACAGGAUGAAUUUUUAAAUCAGAAUACUCAAUCAGUCAGUGAGUCCGUACCGUGAAAGUUUUGUGUGUAUGUGGGUGUAAGGGGAGUGAGUGUUUUUAUCACGAUUGUACUUAAAAAUUUUUAAUAUUUACCUUUUUUAUUUUUACCUUGAGGUGCUCAUAUGGGACAAGAAUAUUCCAAUGGAGACAACUUGCAAUACAUCUUAUUGCCUAAACUCCUAAAGCCAUGAUGAACAAUGUAUUCCUGCAUAGCGGCGUUUUAUAACCACAUCACUGUAAUUACAGUACUUGCUUGGCAAAGUCCUUGUUACACUCAUUAAUACAGAGACCGUGCACUAAUUUCACUUAAAAUGUCAUUUUAUAUAAUAGCUUAUUACUUUAACAUAGAAGGAUGUACGAGAGCCUUUAUUUAUGUUGAAGGUUCUGUCUUUUUGUUGUUGUUUUUUUAUACACCUUUUUUUAAUGGAAAGGUACUCCGUGAUCCUUUUAUACAGACAUAUAUAUUCAACCCAUUAUAACAACUCAUUUUGCAGUUUGGCAAGUGUUGUAGGCGGACCUGUUGGGUAAGUGGACGUUUCAGUGGUCACUAUCAACUGUUAAGACCACAAGUGCCUAGGACAUGAAGGAUUAUUUACUGUGUUUUUUGUUUUUUUUUAUUUGUACAAUUUGCUUUCCAUACCGUUGCCUCUUGGUUUUAAUGAAUUGUUUUCUAUAUAACCUUUUGUUAUAAUGUUAACUGUUUGUUUGUUCAUUUCUGUGAACAAAUACAUAGUCCAUGCCUUUUUUAAGAAGUAAGUACAUGCUAGGCACUCACACCUAGAAUGCUUUUUUUGUUAUUCUACUUUAGCAAAGGUCACAAUAAUCACAAUGUAUGCUGCUCCCAUUAAACAUUCACGUUUGUAA